CGUUCUACAAGGCGUGAGAGCGCGCCGGCGAGAUGGGCCUGUGCUAUAGGCGUAUGGUCCGGCGGGCCUUGAGGUGCUCCGAGGCGUGGGUUCUACAAUUAGUCUCGAUAUCUCGUUGCGGUAAGCCGAGGACAUGGUGUUUGUGGAGCAUUUAUUUGCUGCAUGUAACUAGGCCUGUAUGGAUGCUGUGCAGGAGCAAACGCGAGAGAGAUAUCAGAACCGUGGUGUCUGCGUUGCCCAGGAUGAGAAGACAGCUGAUGCGGGCCUGAAGAUGCGCGUACUGAGUCGAUGAGGGGUGAGGCUGGCUAGGAGAAGAGUGAGGUUGACGGGCUGAGGUUGGAAAUAUGCACCUGCAUGGACAUGUGCUGGUGCCAAGCAUUUAUGCAGCAGGACCGACUUCACCUCCGC